CUAAGCUAACCAAAAUAAUUCUCUUCAUUAGUUCUAGUUCAGUCUUUACUCUUUAGUACUACUUUAGUACUUUCUGAAGUCUGCCAUCUACAAAAUUGUUUAUUGAACGCAUUCAUAUAGAUUUUGAGCUGCUUUAAUGUGAAAUAUAUACUAGAACUUUAUGUAUCUUCAGCCAGGUACAUAAUUAAGUAUUUCAUCGCAUUUAUUGUAAUAACUGCUGAGGUAAAGAUUGAAUUAAGAAUUUCUUACGGCCAUAAUUUUUUGUUCAUUUUAUCUUGGAAUUUAGAUUAAGAAUAUAGUAAAUACAUGUUAUUUAUAAAUUAAUUUUUUUUAGUGAAAAGAAAAUAAAGAAUGACAUUUUUUAAUAAGUAUGAUGAUUACCACACAUGGUACCUAGGAUAAUUUUUAUCUAGGAAACGUGCUUAUAAUAGUUAUGAGAACUACUUCUACUUUUUAUAUACAUAUAUAUUAUCAUUAUUAUCAAUCACUAUGAAAAUUUCAAUCACAUACCUACCAUAAUAAUAACUAUGACUUAAUAAUGUAAAUGUAUUUAUGUAUAUUUCAUAAAAAAUAUGUUUUGGUUUCCAAUCAAGUAUGGUGUGCAUAAAAUGUGUUAAUUUUUUUUUAAGUGUUGUUCAGUUUAGUUCCCUUAGUUCUUGUGACCCUUAUAAUAUUUAAUCUUAAAAGCUGGCAGCUGCUAAUGAUACCAACUUUAAUUCUUAUACAGUCACACCGAAGACAGUUUUAUAGCCAUAUAGAUCAUUCCAAUACAAACAUGCAUUCGAAUUCUUUAAUGGAAUACGUUUUGGUGAACUUCCGAUGGGUGUUUGUAGUAUUCUUCCUUCUACCCUGCACCAUGAUGGGAAAAGUGUGGGCCACCUUCGAAAAAAACGCAUGGUCACGUCGCCGUAGUACCGGACUUGACCACGAAAAAAAAGUUGAAAACAUUCAGUGUGAGGUGCGGCAUAGAAAAGUAUACGCUCCCAACCAUGUGAUGUGUACGGCCAGACCUAGUUGGAGGAGCAUGACUCUGGCUGAAAUGACAUAUAAGAAAUGCAUGUUUAACAUAAACGUCCAUUUGGACAAAAUGAUUUCUAUUGAUAGUCACAAUCGGACAGUAAGGGUUGAACCAAGUAUUACAGUGGGCCAAUUAAUUCCAAUAUUAAUCCAAUCCGGAUGGACAGUACCCGUCGCCUUAGAAUUGGAAGACUUGACUAUCGGAGGACUAGUUAUGGGCAUUGGAUUGGAAUCUUCGUCUUUUAAAUUUGGGUUGUUUCAUAAAACGUGUACGCGAUACGAACUCGUCACAGCCGACGGUGAUUUGAUCACAUGUUCAGAGGCAGAGAAUCCAGACGUUUUUGAAAGUAUUCCAUUUUCGUAUGGUACACUGGGAUUUUUGACAGCUAUCGACAUCAGAAUAAUGCCCGCAAAAAAAUAUGUCAGACUCCAGUAUCGCCCGAUUAGUUCUUUGGAAAAAAUUCAAUCCAGCCUCAUCUCAGAAACGCUUGAUACGGAAAAUAAUGAUUUUGUAGAGCUAUUAAUGUAUAGUAAAAAUGAUGGAGUUCUGAUGACUGGAAAAAUGACAGACGGCAAUCAAAGCAUGAAAAACGUUAAUGAAAUUGGUCGAUUUUACAAACCGUGGUUUUUUAAACAUGUUGAAUCAUUCCUAUUAUCACAAAGGAAUGCCGAAGAAUAUAUUCCUUUAAAAGAUUAUUACUUUAGACAUAAUAAUUCAUUAUUCUGGGAAGUACAGGAUAUAAUACCUUUUGGAAACCAUAUAGUAUUUCGUUAUCUAUUGGGAUGGAUAAUGCCAGCAAAAGUGGCGCUACUGAAAUUAACACAGACUGAUACCAUUAAAAAAUUGUACGAUGAACAUCAUUUCAUAGAUGACUUCAUACUACCAAUUUCUUGUCUGAAAAAAUCUGUGGAAAAAUUUCAUGAACAUUUGAAUAUUUAUCCUAUCUGGGUAUGCCCAGCUGUUUUAAAUCCAGGUUACGGUCUCGUGCACUCACAUGCAUCAGUAGACAAUAUGUACAUUGAUAUUGGUUUAUAUGGUGAGCCCAAUGUAUCCAAUUAUAACUCAGGUAUUGCGAAGGAUUUAGAAUUAUUUGUACUGAAGUUGAAAGGGUUUAAGAUGAUGUAUGUUGGUACUCAUUUGAAUAGAAAUGAGUUCAAGAAAAUGUUUAAUCAUUGUUUGUAUCAGAGUGUAAGAAUGCAGCUUAAUUGUGAAUACAACUUUCCAGAAGUAUACGACAAAGUGAAUAAGAAAGUUAGGAGAUAAUAUUAUAAUAUUAAUAUCUCAAUACUUUUUAUAAUAUAAAAAUCAGAACAAUGAAUGUAAAAAUUUUAAAUCAUCUCUAAUAUUUAAUCACUUAUAAUUUAAAUUUAAGCUAUGCAUAAAAUGUGAUCUAUAGUUAAUAAUACUUAGAUUUUUUACUACAAGUUUUCUUUUCUGAAUAAAACUGUACAUCAAACAAUAAUUUGCUAUUAUAAUAUUUCUCACAACAGAUGUUGUUAAAAAAUUGUUUUAUCAUACUCAAAG